GGGGACCCGCGGGGGAUCCUCAGACCUUCAGGAGACCCAUGGGGGAGGGUGGGACCCAGAGCGGGCUGGGGGCAUACCCACGGGGGACAUGUGGGACUCACGGGAGACUGGGGAAGCCAUAGGAUCCCUAAAGUGUCCCCACCGCCACCCCGCACACCUGGGGGGCCAGGGGGGCUCCGUGUCACCGCAAUCUCUGUCCCCAGUGCCUGGCCAGGGGGGGUCUGCGAGAACCCUGUGGCUGUGGGGUGCCAGCCCCCUCCUCCUCAUCCUCUUCACCUGUCUGGGCAUCCUCGGACUGCGCUGGACAAGGGCCCGCACGGGGCAGCCACCGCGGGGGCGGCGGAGAAUCGGGGUCCCCCCGGAGCCCCCCAGCCCGGACCUGCCUGCGCUGCACUUCCUGCAGGUGCUGCAGUCGGGGCGGUUCUCGGCGGUGUGGCGGGGGACGCUGCGCCAGCGGCCCGUGGCCAUCAAGGCGUUCGCGGCCGGGGCUGGCCGGAGGUUCGCGGCCGAACGCGCCGUGCACGCGCUGCCGCUGAUGGAGCACGAGAACGUGGCCAGGCUGCUGGACACCCGCACGGCAGGACCCCGCGCCCGAGGGGGGCUCCUGGUCCUGCAGCUCUACCCGGCCGGCUCCCUGCGCCACUUCCUGGGGCAGCACGUGGGGACCUGGGCGGGCAGCGUGCGCCUGGCGCUGUCCCUGGCCCGCGGCCUGGCCUUCCUGCACCAGGAGCUGUGGCGUGAUGGGCUGUACAAGCCCAGCGUGGUGCACCGGGACCUGAGCAGCCAGAACGUGCUGGUGCGGGAGGAUGGCACCUGCGCCAUCGGCGACUUCGGGCUGGCGCUGGCGCUGCCACCGCGCGCCCAGGACAGCGCGGGAGCUCGGCACGCCGUGACCAUUCGGAAGGCGGGCACCCAGCGGUACCUGGCACCCGAGAUCCUGGACGAGAGCCUGGACCUGCGGGCCUGGGGCCGGGCCCUGCGCCAGGCCGAUGUGUACGCGCUGGCGCUGCUGCUCUGGGAGAUCCUGUCCCGCUGCCAGGCCCUGAGCCCCGGAGCCCCGGUGCCACCGUUCCGGCUGGCGUACGAGGCCGAGCUGGGCUCCAGCCCCACCGGGGCUCAGCUCCGCCGUUUGGCUGCAGACGAGAGGCGGCGUCCGCUCAUCCCCCCGGCCUGGCACCGCGCCCCCCAGCCGGAGGGAGCUCUGCCGGAGCUGCUGGAGGAUUGCUGGGACCCGGACCCCGAGGCGCGGCUCUCGGCCGAGCGAGCGCUGCAGCGGCUCCAGCGCUUGGCCGCGGGGCCCGCACCGGCCCCGGGUGACCCCGGGCCCCGCCAGGUCCUGGAGUCUCCCGCCAUGUGGAACCCUGGUGCAGGACAGCCCCCCCCGCCCAACCCCGUGUACCCCCCGAACCCCACCUAUCCCCCGGUGGUCCCACCCCCCAACCCAGUGUACCCCCCACCUGCGGCGCCCCCCAAUCCGCUGGGGGGGCCCGGGCAGUCCCCGUUCCCCGCUGGGUCCCCCCCGUAUCCCCCGGGGCCGACCUUGGGACCCCCCCUGCCGCAGCCCCCCCACCCGGGGGUUCCCCCCCACCCGGGGUUUCCCCCCCACCCGGGGGUGCUCCCCUCAUUCCCCCCCGUGCUGGACAAGAAGGCAGCGAAGAAGAUGAAGAAGAGGAUGAAGAAGGCUCAGAAGAGGCACAAGCGCUCUUCGUCGUCGUCGUCCUCCUCCUCCUCCAGCAGCUCGGACUGAGGCUCCUCAGACCCCCAGAAUCACCUGGGACCACCAGGAGGCACCUGAGACCUCAUUAGACCCUCGUGACCACCCGAGACACCCCAGGACCCCCAUCCUGUCUCCAUAUCCCCCAUCCCCUGGUCCGGGGGGGUCCCGGGGAGGUCCCAGGGGUGCCCCCGCUGUCUCCCAAUAAAGCUCUGGGACACCCCAAUAUGUGUCAGCGUCUCC